UACAAACCGGAUGCACUGCUUUCUUUUCAACCUCACAGAGGCUGUGUAUAAGAAGGUGGGCAAGACAGUUCUAUACAUCCCAAUGGAAGCCCUACAGUGCAGACCUGAGGUGGCCAGCAAGGACAAGACGCUGAUACAGAGAAUGGAGACUGUUGUGAUCCACUGGACGGAUCAGGUCAAGGAGCUACUAAGUACCCAAGAAAUAAUGAAGAUGAGGGACAAGUGUGGCCCGCUGCAGGAGAUUGCCUUCUGGAAGAGUCGCUCUGCAAAGCUGUUGGACAUCAGCCAGCAACUGCAAAAGCCUGGGGUCAGGCACAUCCAGAAUAUCCUGCUGCUCUCCAAGUCUCGCUACAUAAAAGACUUCUGCAAACUGGCCCAGGAAAUACAGGAAUGCUCUGUGCAGGCCCAAUCAAACAUGACCUUCCUGUCCAUGCUGAAGGAGCCAUUGGAAGAGUUUGCCCAGCUGAAGCCUAACCAAGUCGCUCCGAAGCUGCGACACAUUGUCAGUCUCAUUCGCAUCAUCAGGGACAACUCCCUCCACUACAACACCAACCAGAGGAUCACUGGUCUCUUCUGCAAGGUAUGUGACUGCCAGUACCAGUUUGCCCGUUGGGAGGACGGUCAGCAGAGGGCCCUGCCCUGCUUUGGUAGCUCCCAGGGACCAGAGUUCACCCACUCCCUUCUGGAGAUAGAGGGCAAAUUCCAGCGUGGCCUAAAGAACCUGCACUCUCUUGACAAGGACAUCCUUGAUGUUGAAAGCACCACAUGGUGCAAUGAAUUCAACAAGUUUCGUGCAGUCGUGAAGGAUCUGGAAUUAAUGAUGCAGAACCUGAUCUUUUCAGUGUUUAAGACGGUGUACACAGUGCAGGAAGGAGUUCGGCUUCUGUUCAUUUUCAGGCCUAUCUCUUCACGAGAGGCCAUUAGGCGUACCACAGAAGAGAAGGUGGAAGAAGUGAACAACAUCAUUAGCAAGGAGCUCAGAAUGGUCAACAAGGAGCUGAACCAGAUGAUGUGGUCUCCACCUGACCAUAUGCCCCGGCUGGCAGGCCAGGCCCACUGGUUGAGGGCCCUCAGACAACGCUUAGCGAGACCCAUGGAAGUGCUUCAGAAGGCCCACUUCUUACCUGAGUCAUACAACCGCAAGCAGGUGCUUUUCACCUACAACCAGAUGGUUCAGGUGCUGGACGACAUGGAGAGGAAGUACUUCAGCGAGUGGAACCAGAAGCUGGAUGGAAAAUACCUCAAGAAACUGGAGCAGCCACUCAUGGUGCGCCGCAAGGACAGCACCGCCAAGCUCGACAUCAACUUUGAUAACAACCUGUUGAAUAUGUUCUCUGAGGUCCACUACUGGGAUCGACUGAAGUACGAGAUCCCACAGUGUGUGUCCGACAUUUCCCAGGACAGGGAGGACAUCAUAGGCCUGAGUGAGCGAGCGCUGCUGCUAGUCAGGGACUACAACAGGAUCAUUGGAAUGCUGUCUCCAGACGAGUUGGGUCUGUUCCAGGAGCGGAUUAGUUUCAUCGAUAAGAAAAUUCAGCCGGGGCUGACCAAGCUCCUGUGGUCUUCUAAAGGAGCUGCUAACGUCUUCAUCCGUGACUGUCUCGUGCAUGUUAACAAGGUCCAGCAGAUAGUCGAUGGUUACAAAGCAUCCAAUCAAUCCAUCUCCAACCUCUGUCGCCAAAUCAGUGAAACAUUGCUGGUUAAAUUGGAUGGAAAGACUGUAUACAGGAACCUGGACUUUGAGGAUGACCAGAAGACUCACCAGCAGAGCACUCUCAAAAUACUGCGCGCGGUGCACAAGGAUAUUGUUGACAUUAUGACCCGCAUCCAUCACACCUUCUCUAAUGAUGGAUCUGAGGUCCAGGAGCACUGGCUGACCUACACAGAGAAAGUGGACCACUUGGUAGAGCAAGCUCUCAGGAGCAACAUCAAGCGCUCCAUGGAGAAGCUAUCCAGGGCCAUCAAUGGAGACAGCAAGACAUCACCCAAUCCCUUGUUCAAAGUCCUGGUAGCACUGCGCCAGACAACGCCCCAGACCACACCUAAGGUCGAGUUUUCCCCGACACUCGGAAAGCUUGCUCAGAUUGUGAACGUUAUGCCUCAGCUCAUCAACACCAUCUCAGAAUUGAAACGACUGCCUGAAAUUCUCUCCAGCAAACGGUCAUUGGGGAAUCCCAUACACAUGAACAUAGAGCAUGACGAGGAGAUAAGGAAGAUUCAGGCUGCGGUUGCUGCAGGGAUGACAGCCAAUGCCGGCCACAUGCAGGUCUAUCUGAAGACCUGGGACAAAUACAGGGACAUCUGGCAGAGCAACCAGGACUCCUUUAUACAACGCUACCGGAGACUGAACCCACCAGUCACUACUUUUGAUGCAGAUAUACACAGGUACACGGAAAAAGCCUACAGCAUUCAACAGGAAGAGACGGUGUUGAACAUCUGGUUUGUCACGCUGGACUGUUCACCAAUCAAGUCCUCCUUGGCGCAGCUUUGCAGUGAAUGGCAAACCAAGUUCACUGAGCUGCUCAGCCACAUGGCCUGCACCCACCUAAAAGAACUCCAUGGCUCUCUGCAAGACAAUGCCAACAGGAUAAGACAACCUCCCCAGACACUGGUGGAGCUCGGUGAGAGCAUGAAGCUCUUGGAGACUCUCCAGGGCGAUUUGGCCAAGACAGAGGCUCAGAUUCCUCUCAUCCAUGACCAGUUUGCUAUCCUGGACAAAUAUGAGGUCCCAGUGGAACAGGCUGUGCAGGAUAUGCGUGAGGUGCUGAAUGGGGAGUGGGUGUGGUUCCAGCAGGUGCUGAUUGACAGUGACAUCAUGCUGCAGAAGCAGAAGGAGAAGUUUAGGAACAGUAUCAUCCCUGAGUUCAUGAAAAAGAUCGAGACCAUUUUGCAGGAGUUCAACAGCAGAGGUCCAUUUGACAGCGCACUGAGCACUGAGUUGGCCUUAAACCAGAUAGCAGGGUAUCGCAGUCAACUGGAGGCCCUACAAGAGGAAGAGAGCACCAUCUCUCUUGGGCUGGGCUUCUCCGAAACAGAGCAGCCCCCUUCCAAAAGCAUCCGGACACUGGACAAGGACAUAGAUCACCUGAAGCAGGUCUGGGAGAUAACACAGGAGUGGAAUGCUAACUGGGACAUCUGGAAGGUUGGUCAGCUUUCUACGCUGCAGACGGAGAGCAUGGGCAGCACCGCACAGGACUUGUUCAAAAAACUCCACAAACUCCAGAGAGAACUAAAGGAUAAGGAGUGGGACAUUGUAGAUUCCUCCAAGAACAAGAUCAACCAGUUCAAGCGGAUCAUCCCUCUCAUUGCUGAUCUGAGGAACCCAGCCAUGAGAGACAGGCACUGGAAGCAGAUCUGUGAAGAGCUGAAGUGCUCUUUCGAUCAUACCAGCACUGAUUUCACCCUGGAGAAGAUCAUAUCUCUGGACCUUGACGAGCACGCUGACAUGAUCUGUGAGAUCUCUGGAGCCGCCAGCAAGGAGCUCUUCAUAGAAAAGGGUCUGGAGGAGAUCACCAAGACAUGGGAGGAAACGUUCCUUGACUUAGAACCUUACAAAGGCCACUAUCGGCUGAGGGGCACAGAUGAGGUUGUUCAGGCCCUGGAGGAGAACAUGUCCAUCCUGUCCACAAUGAAGGCAUCUCGGUUUGUCAAAGCCUUUGAGAGGGACGUUGACUGCUGGGAACGGCGGCUGUCACAGGUGCUGGAAGUCAUCGAGAUGAUACUCACUGUGCAGCGGCAGUGGAUUUACCUGGAGAACAUUUUCCAAGGAAAGGACAUCAGGGAGCAGCUGCCUCAUGAAUGCAAAGACUUUGAAGACUUCAGUUCAAGUUGGAAGACCGUCAUGAGCCAACUCCACAAGGACCACAACGCCUUGCAGGGAACACACCACCCUGGUCUGCCUGAGAAGCUGUCAGUGAUGAGUGCCAAGCUGGAGGAAAUCCAGAAGGCCCUGGACAUGUACCUGGAGUCCAAGAGGCAGAUCUUCCCAAGGUUUUACUUUCUGUCUAAUGAUGAUGUGCUGGAGAUCCUGGGACAGUCACAGAACCCCGAAGCCAUUCAACCCCACCUGAAGAAGUGUUUCGACAACAUCAAGAGCCUGCGCAUUGAAAAGGCAGGGAACACAAGCACUAAACAAUACGCCACUGGGAUGUUCUCUGCUGAUGGGGAGUUUAUUUCCUUCAGUUACAAAGUGGAACUGGACAGGCCUGUGGAGGUUUGGCUGUGUGAUGUUGAGAAGACCAUGCGUGUUACACUGAGGGACUGUCUGGCCAGGUGUCUUGUAGUUCUGAAGAAGAUGGCAGGCCAGUUGGACAAAUGGGUCAAAGAUUGGCCGGGACAGAUGCUGAUCACGGCCAGUCAGAUCCAGUGGACAACUGAUGUCACUAAAUCUCUAAUUACCAGCAAGGAGAGAGCUGAUAAGUCCUCUCUCAAGUCCAUGAGGAGGAAACAGGUCUCCAAGCUUCAAUGCUAUUCAGAGAUCAUUCGUGGCAACUUGUCCAAAGUCCUACGUCUGAAGAUUGUUGCACUGGUGACGGGGGAGGUCCAUGCUCGGGAUGUCAUUGAUAAGCUGGCCAAGGCAGGCUGCAAUGAUGUCAAUGCCUUCGAAUGGCUCUGCCAGCUGCGACUAUACUGGGAGAAGGAUGACUGCAUAAUCCGACAGACUAACACACGUUUCAGGUAUGGCUACGAAUACCUGGGCAACUCUGGACGACUCGUCAUCACUCCACUUACUGACAGAUGUUACAUGACCCUGACCACAGCACUCCAUCUCCAUCGGGGGGGCUCUCCUAAAGGCCCAGCUGGUACUGGGAAGACAGAGACAGUAAAGGACUUGGGCAAAGCUCUAGGCAUAUAUGUCAUCGUGGUCAACUGCUCCGAAGGGCUAGACUACAAAUCUAUGGCACGCAUGUACUCUGGCCUGGCACAGACAGGAGCAUGGGGGUGCUUUGAUGAGUUCAACCGAAUCAACAUCGAGGUGCUGUCGGUGGUGGCCCAGCAAAUCCUUUCCAUUCUAUCCGCCCUCUCAGCUGGACAAUCCAAGUUCCAUUUUUGCGAACAGCACAUACGUCUGGUCCCGUCGUGUGGCAUUUUUAUCACCAUGAAUCCCGGUUACGCUGGUCGUACUGAGCUUCCAGACAACCUCAAGUCUAUGUUCAGACCUAUCUCCAUGGUGGUGCCAGACUCUACUCUAAUCGCUGAGAUCAUACUGUUUGGAGAGGGCUUCAACAAUUGCAAGCUCCUGGCAAAGAAAGUGUUCACCCUGUACUCCCUGGCAGUGCAGCAGCUGUCUAAACAGGACCACUAUGAUUUUGGCCUGCGUAGUCUCACCUCCAUGCUCCGCUAUGCUGGAAAGAAGCGGCGCUCUUGCACCAAAGUUCCCGAUGAAGAAAUCCUGCUAAUGGCUAUGAAGGACAUGAACAUCGCUAAGCUGACCUCUGCCGACGUCCCUCUGUUUAAUGGGAUCACUCAGGACUUGUUCCCUGCUGUGGAAAUACCCAUUAUAGACUAUGGCAAGUUGAAGGAGGCUAUAGAGGUGGAGCUUCGUCGGAGCGGUUUGCAGGUGACUCCUUUUACCGUGACCAAAGUCAUCCAACUUUAUGAGACCAAAAAUUCUCGACACUCCUCCAUGCUGGUGGGCAAGACAGGCAGUGCUAAGAGUGUUACCUGGAGGACUCUGCAGACUGUCCUCAGUUCCCUUCACAACAAGGGAGAGCCUGGCUUUGAGCUGGUCCAGGAGUAUCCUCUGAACCCCAAGGCAAUGAGUUUGGGAGAGCUGUAUGGAGAAAAUGACCUCUCCACCAAUGAGUGGUCUGACGGAGUGCUGUCUUGCCUCAUGAGAUCAGCCUGCGCAGAUGAGAAGCCAGAUGAAAAGUGGAUUGUGUUUGACGGGCCUGUUGACACGCUGUGGAUAGAGAGUAUGAACUCUGUUAUGGAUGACAACAAGGUGCUCACGCUCAUCAAUGGAGAGAGAAUCUCCAUGCCUGAACAGGUGUCUUUGCUGUUUGAAGUGGAGCACUUGGCAAUGGCCUCUCCAGCUACGGUUUCUCGCUGUGGGAUGGUCUACAACGAUUACACUGAUCUGGGAUGGAAGCCUUUCGUUCAGUCCUGGCUGGACAAGCGACCCAAGGCUGAAGGGAAUCAUUUAAAGCGUUUGUUUGAAAAAUAUAUAGAGAGCACACUGAACUUUAAGAGGAGCAACUGCAAGGAAAUUAUUCCCAUCACAGAACUAAAUGGAGUAACCUCUCUCUGCCGCCUCUACGACUCCCUGGCCACAUCCAGCAAUGGGGUUAAUGCUUCGGACACAGAAAACUUGGGUACAAUGGUGGAACUCUGGUUCAUCUUCAGCCUUAUCUGGUCCAUCUGUGCCUCUGUUGACGAGGAUGGACGCAAGAGGAUGGACAACUUCAUACGGGAGAUGGAGGGCACCUUCCCCAUCAAGGACAUGGUUUAUGAGUACUAUGUCGACACCAAGAACAAAACCUGGGCCUCUUUUGAAGACAAGCUGCCAAAGGCCUGGCGUUACAAUGCAAAUGCUCCAUUCUAUAAGAUUAUGGUUCCUACAGUGGACACUGUUCGCUACAACUUCCUGGUUAUGGCUCUGGUGUUGGGUCAGUACCCAGUGCUGCUCACUGGGCCUGUUGGAACUGGUAAAACCUCGGUGGCUCAGAGCGUUCUGCAGGGCUUGGAUAACAAGUGGGCUGCCCUCACUGUCAACAUGUCUUCACAGACCACCACUAAUAACAUCAAGGCCAUCGUGGAGAGCCGCAUAGAGAAGAGAACCAAGGGGGUGUUUUUUCCGGCAGGUGGGAAACGCUUACUGUGGUUCCUGGACGACCUCAACAUGCCGGCCAACGACCUCUUUGGCUCCCAGCCACCGCUGGAACUGCUGCGCCUCUGGAUCGACUAUGGCUUCUGGUAUGACCGCCAGAACCAAAACUUAAAGUUUGUUAAGAACAUGUUCCUGUUGGCGUCCAUGGGGCCCCCUGGUGGAGGGAGGACUCACAUCUCUGGCCGCUUACAGAGUCGAUUCAAUCUCAUCAAUAUGACCUUCCCUCAUGAUUCCCAGAUCAGGAAGAUCUACAGUACCAUGAUCAACCAAAAACUGGAAUGCUUUAAGGAGGAGGUGAAGCCGAUUGGAGAAGUUUUGACUCAGGCCACCUUAGAGCUGUAUUAUGCCGUGACAGCUCGUUUUCUUCCCACUCCAGCCAAGACCCACUACCUCUUCAACCUCAGGGAUAUCUCCAAGGUGUUUCAAGGUCUGCUAAGAGCUCACCCAGAAUUCCAUGAUACCAAAAACAACCUCGCUAGACUGUGGAUCCAUGAGUGCUUUAGGGUUAUCUCAGACCGGCUGGUAGAUUACAGUGACAUGGAUGCCUUUGUGGCUUUGCUGGGGGACAAACUAGGCUCACUCUUUGACCUCACGUUCCACAACAUCUGCCCCAACAAACAACCGCCAAUAUUUGGUGAUUUCCUGAGUGAAUCUAAUGUGUAUGAAGACCUGCUAGACAUGAAGGGUCUCAAGAAGUUCAUGGAGACCCAGCUAGAGGACUACAACCUGACUCCCGGCGUAGUGCCCAUGAGCCUGGUGCUCUUCCGAGACGCCAUCAAACACAUAACCCGUGUAGUACGUGUGAUCAGUCAGCCUAGGGGCAACACUCUGCUGGUUGGUGUUGGGGCCUCUGGCAGACAGAGCCUGUCUAAGAUGGCUGCCUUCAUCUGUGAAUACCAGGUAUUCCAGGUGGAAGUCACCAAGCAGUACCAAAAACCGGAGUUCAGAGAAGACAUCAAGAAGCUGUACUGGUUGACUGGUGUGGACAACAAGCCCACAGUCUUCUUGUUCAAUGACACGCAGAUUGUAGAUGAAUGCUUCCUAGAAGACAUCAAUAAUAUCUUGAGCUCUGGCGAGGUGCCUAACCUCUACAAGCAGGACGAGUUUGCUGAGGUGUGCAAUGCUCUAUCAGAGUCUGCCAGGAAGGACAAUGUAACAGAGACUCCUGACUCCCUGUUCAGCUACUUGAUAGAGCGAGUCAGGAACAACCUGCACAUAGUGCUCUGUAUGAGUCCAGUGGGAGAGUCCUUCAGGAACCACAUCCUCCAGUACCCAGCGCUGGUCAACUGCACCACCAUUGACUGGUUCUGUGAGUGGCCCAAAGAUGCUCUGCUGGAGGUAGCUGAGAGGUACUUGGAUGGACUGGAGCUGGGCUCCUUGGAGGGGAUCCAGACAAAAGUAGCCAGUGUCUUCGUGACCACACACCAGUCAGUUGCACAGGUCUCCCAAAGGAUGAAGUUGGAACUGAGGAGACAUAAUUAUGUGACACCCACGAACUACCUGGAGCUGGUGUCUGGAUACAAAAAGUUGUUGGCAGAGAAACGCAGUGAACUGGGCGAGCAGGUGAGCAAGCUGCGGAAUGGCCUGUUCAAGAUCAAUGACACACGGGAGAAGGUGGAGGCCAUGUCGGUGGAGCUUGAGGAGGCCAAGAAGCAGGUGGCAGAGUUCCAGAUACAGUGUGACGAGUACCUGGCCGUCAUUGUAGAGCAGACAGCAGAGGCUAACAAGCAAAAGAAUGUGGUGAGUGCUAACAGUGUGAAAAUCGGGGCAGAAGAGUUACAGUGUAAAGCCAUGGCUGAGAAUGCACAGAGAGAUCUGGACGAGGUCCUGCCUGCACUGAAUGAGGCCAUGAAGGCUCUGGAGUCUCUGAAUAAGAAGGACAUGACAGAGAUCAAGUCGUAUGGCUGUCCCCCAACGCUGGUGGAGACAGUGAUGCAGGCUGUCAUGACCCUUCUGGGUAAAGAGGCUACCUGGGCCGAGGCCAAGCGACAGCUGGGUGAUUCCAACUUCAUCAAAACGUUAGUUAACUUUGACAGAGACAAUAUAACAGACCGUGUGUUGAAGAAGACCGGCCAGUACUGCAGGCAGGUAGACUUCCAGCCAGAGAUCAUCGGCAAAGUAUCAUCAGCUGCCAAGUCCCUCUGCAUGUGGGUCAGAGCGAUGGAGGUUUAUGGGCGUGCAUUCAGGGUGGUGGAGCCCAAGCGGGCUCAGCUGAAUGCUGCCAUGGCCCAGUUAGCAGAGAAACAGGCUUCUCUGACUGCAGCACAGGACAAACUGCGAGAGGUGGGGGAGAAGAAAGACGAGUUGGAGAGGCAGCUCGGUGAGAAGCUGGUCAUGAAGAAGACUUUGAGGGAGAAAUCCGAUGAGAUGGAGAUGAAACUGGACCGAGCUGACAAACUGGUGACUGGACUGGCUGGAGAGAGGGUUCGCUGGGAGAAGAGAGUUGCUGGUCUUGAGGAAAACAUGGGAUACCUGGUGGGAGACUGUUUGCUAGCAGCGUCUUUCCUGUCCUACAUGGGACCCUUCCUUUCCAACUAUAGAGAGGAGCUGCUUGCCAUCUGGAUGAAGGAGGUCCGGGACUUGGCAAUCCCAUGCACACCCGGGUUCUGUUUUGCAGUCUUUAUGUCCAAGCCUACAGUCGUGAGGGACUGGAACAUUCAGGGCCUGCCAUCUGAUGCUUUCUCUACUGAGAAUGGAGUUAUCGUUACUCGCGGAAACCGAUGGCCACUGAUGGUGGACCCUCAAGGCCAAUCUCUGAAAUGGAUCAAGAAUAUGGAAAUGAAGAGAGGUCUGAAAGUAAUAGACUUUCAAAUGCCAGACUUCCUGCGGGUGCUGGAGAAUUCCAUACAGUUAGGGAAUCCUGUUCUGCUGCAGAAUGUCCAGGAGGAUUUGGACCCCUCUCUCGACCCAGUUCUUAACAAGUCCCUGACACGGAUAGGCGGCAGGCUGCUGUUGAAGCUGGGUGAUAAGGAGGUGGAGUACAAUCCAGAGUUUCGUUUCUACAUCACCACCAAGCUGUCUAACCCCCACUACACUCCAGAGAUUUCUACAAAGACCAUCAUAGUCAACUUCGCUGUCUUGGAGCAGGGUCUGGAAGCCCAACUUCUGGGAAUUGUGGUGCGCAAGGAGCGUCCGGAGCUAGAAGAACAGAAAGACUCUUUGGUGAUCAGCAUUGCUUCUGGAAAGAGAAGCCUGGAGGAGCUUGAGGAUGAGAUUCUCAGGCUGCUGAAUGAGGCGACCGGCUCAUUGCUGGACGAUGAGCAGCUGGUGACAACCCUGCAGACAUCUAAAGUGACAGCCACUGAGGUUUCAGAGCAGCUUGAGAGCAGUGAACAAACUGAGAUCAAGAUCGACUCUGCUAGAGAGGCCUAUCGCCCAUGUGCCCAGCGAGCCUCCAUCCUCUUCUCCAUUCUAAACGACAUGGGCCGCAUGGACCCGAUGUACCAGUUCUCACUGGAUGCCUACAUUGACCUUUUUAAGCUUAGCAUAAAAAAGAGCAAGCGCAGCCACAAACUAGAAGAAAGGAUCGCCAACCUCAAUGAGUUCCACACAUAUGCAGUAUACAGGUACACGUGUCGUGGUCUGUUUGAGUGCCAUAAGCUAAUCUUCAGCUUCCAGAUGUGUGCCAAAAUCCUGGAGGUGGCUGGAAAACUCAACAUGGAUGAGUACAGCUUCUUCCUCCGAGGAGGACUCGUACUUGAUAAGGAGGAUCAGAUGGACAACCCUUGUACCAGUUGGCUGGUAGACUCCAGCUGGGACAACAUCACAGAGCUGGAUAAGCUGCCCAACUUCCAUGGCAUCAUGGCCUCCUUUGAACAGUACCCCCGAGACUGGAACCUUUGGUUCACCAGUGCUGAGCCAGAGAAUGCCCCACUACCAGGUGAUUGGGAUAAUAACUGCAAUGAUCUCCAGAAGAUGCUGUUAGUGCGCUCUCUGCGUCCGGGCCGUGUCUCCCUGUGCGUCACCUCCUUCAUUGUUAACAGCCUCGGCCAUCACUUUGUGGAACCGCCUGUUCUCGACAUGAAGGCUGUUGUGGAGGAAUCCACCUGCAGGACUCCUCUGAUCUUCAUUCUGUCUCCUGGGGUGGACCCCACGGGAGCCCUGCUGCAGCUGGCUGAGGCCUCUGGAAUGAGCAAGCAAUUCCAUGCUCUCUCUCUGGGCCAGGGACAGGCCCCCAUCGCCAAGAGAAUGAUAGAGGAGGGCGUCAAGAAUGGUCACUGGGUGUUCCUUGCCAACUGUCACCUCUCUCUCUCAUGGAUGCCUGAGCUGGACAAGCUGGUGGAGCAGCUACAAAUGCAGGAGCCCUACUCAAACUUCAGACUCUGGCUCAGCUCUUCGCCCCAUCCUGGAUUUCCCAUUACCAUCCUGCAGGCUGGUAUCAAGAUGACCACCGAACCACCAAAGGGCGUGAAAGCCAACAUGAAGCGUCUGUACCAGCUGGUGACGGAUGUUCAAUUCACCCGCUGCUCGAGACCCGUAUUAUACAGGAAGAUGCUCUUCUCCCUCUGCUUUUUCCACAGCAUCCUGCUGGAAAGGAAGAAGUUUUUACAGCUGGGCUGGAACAUUGUCUAUGGAUUCAACGAUUCUGACUUUGAGGUGAGUGAGAAUCUGCUCAGUCUGUACCUGGAUAUGUAUGAGGAGAUUCCCUGGGAUGCGCUGAAGUACCUUAUUGCUGGGAUCAACUAUGGAGGUCAUGUAACAGACGACUGGGACAGACGUCUUCUAACCACAUACUCCAGUGACUACUUCUGUGAUGCUGCUGUGAACCAGCCCUUCUUCAAAUUGUCCCCCUUAACAUCCUAUUACAUCCCCCGUGACGGUCCCCAGUCCUCCUACAAGGAACAUAUCAGCAUGCUGCCGUCCACAGAGCACCCUGAGGUGUUUGGCCAGCACCCUAAUGCUGACAUUGCCAGCCAGAUCGCCGAAACCAGGAGGCUGUUUGACACCUUGCUCUCCCUGCAGCCCCAGGUCACCAGUCCUACUGCUUCGGGGGCGAGGCCCAGUAGAGAAGAUAAGGUAUUAGAGCUGCUGGCAGACGUCAGUGGGAAGAUCCCGCCAUUGAUUGACUACGAGGGCACCAGGUCCAUCCUCCAGGACAACCUCUCACCUAUCAAUGUGGUCCUGCUACAAGAGAUCCAGGGAUACAAUUGUCUACUGGACACCAUCAUUUCAUCCCUGGCGGAGCUGGAGAAAGGGAUAAAAGGCUUGGUGGUGAUGUCAUCCACCUUGGAGGAGACUUUCCGCUACAUCCAUGAUGCCCGUGUUCCACCGCUGUGGGAGAAGGCGUACCCUUCACUGAAGCCUCUGGCAGCGUGGACCAGGGAUCUUUGCCUGCGGGUCAAUGAGUUUGCGCGCUGGGCAGAGACGGCCCAGCCCCCCAACCUGUUCUGGCUCUCCAGCUUCACCUUCCCUAACGGGUUCCUCACCGCUGUGCUGCAGUCCUCUGCUCGACAGCACAACAUAUCUGUGGACACUCUGUCUUGGGAGUUUAUAGUGUCCACUGUAGAUGACAGCAACCUCACUGACCCGCCCAAGGAUGGAGUAUUUGUCCGGGGUUUAUACCUGGAGGGGGCUGGUUGGGACAAGAGGAACUCCUGUCUGGUGGAAGCUGAACCCAUGCAGAUGGUCUGUCCCAUCCCCACCAUCCACUUCAAACCUGUGGAAAACCGCAAGAAGGCAGCCAAGAGUAUGUACCUGUGUCCGUGUUACUACUUCCCGGUGCGUUCGGAGGCGGGGGGGCGGCCAUCUUUUGUGGUUGGUAUAGAGCUAAAAUCCGGAGCUUUUACCCCAGACCAUUGGAUCAAGAGAGGGACUGCUCUUCUCAUGAGCGUGGACAACUGAAGGCCUUAACGCACACACACCACCACAUUGACUCUGACACUUUUCUACUCAUGUUUAUUAUUUAU